CUGAUAGCGGAGGCUUUUCGUAGACUGCUGACCUGAGACACAGGACACCAGAAGCUCCCUCAGCUCCCUCUUCAUCGAAUACAGCAAACCUGCACUUGUGGAGGGAGUGUGAUCAUGUUCUAGCACCCUCCUGUGGCACAUAAGGAUAUGGUGAUCUCAAUCUGCCAGGCUGUGGUCACUUGUGUGCCCCUUCUGUGGAUGGUAAGAGUGACUGAUGGGAUGCCCGACCCUGCUCAGAGGGACCUGCUGAUGCGUCAGGAGGCGUCCAGACAGACGGGAGGCCAGGUGAUGCUGACGGUGGCUGAGCAGAAGCUGGACGCUUACCUCCAUCGAUUAAAGGAGCAAGAGAUGUCUGCUGCACAGUUCCCCCCAGCUAUCCACUUCUUCAAAGCAAAGCCUCUCAUCCAGAAGAGUCCAAUCUUCAAACUGCUGCAGAAGAUGCCUAAAGGUGCAGCCCUCCACAUCCACACCUCCUCUAUGGUCGGUGUUGAAUGGCUGGUGAAAAACGUCACCUACAGGCCUCACUGCUACAUCUGCUUCAACUGGGACAACUCGGUCCGCUUCUUGUUCUCUGAGCGCCAGCCGUUUCCACGAUGGGACUGCUUCUAUGGCAGCUGCUUGAGACAUUGAGAGCCCAAAUAGGAGACCCUACAGGCUUUGAUAACAGUUUAAUGAAGCAGCUCACGCUGUUCACUGAGGAUCCGGAUGGAGAGUACCCGAGCCAAGAGGUUGUGUGGGAGAAGUUUGAGAAAGCCUUCAUCGCAGCUGCUGGGCUCAUCACCCAUGCCCCUGUGCUGAGGGACUACUUCUAUAAGGGCCUAGAGGAGCUUCUCCAUGACAACAUCAUGUAUCUGGAAUUCAGGAGCGGUCUCUCAAGGACGUAUGAGCUUGAUGGAACCAUUCACGAUAAGGUGUGGACUCUGAAAACAUUUCAAGACGUUACAAGGAAAUUUAUAGCAGAUCACCUGGACUUUCUUGGGGCUCGUGUCAUCAUUUCUGUGCACAGGGCUCUGAGUGUAUCGGAGGUCAAAGCAGCUGUAAAAGAGGCCAUCCAGCUGCAAAAGGACUUCCCAGAUGUUGUUGCAGGAUUUGACAUGGUUGGCAGGGAGGACAGUGGGAGGUCUCUUUGGUACUUUAGGGAGGCACUUUCUAUGCCAGCUGAACUGGGUGUCACUCUGCCAUACUUCUUUCACGCAGGGGAAACAGAUGAUGAUGGCACCAACGUAGAUCAAAACAUUCUUGACGCCCUUCUGUUCAACACGACACGUAUCGGGCACGGCUAUGCUUUGGCACACCAUCCACUUGCCAAAGAGCUAUCUCGGAAAAGAAACGUGGCUGUGGAACUGUGCCCCAUCUCAAACCAGGUCAGAUAA